AAUAAUCUUUUCCAUUCCCAUUUCAUUUCAAUCUCUAUAAAUCUUUUUCUUCCAAAUCUUGAUUCUUCGUUCAUAUACAUACACACCUAUCUAUAGAUAGAUAGAUACAGACACAAGUUAUACGUAAAGAUGUUGGAUUCAUUAUUGAAGAGCAAGUUUUAUACCAAAUGCAAGUCGGAAGUCAAGAUGACGUUGAAGCGAAUCGAGAUGAUAAAACGAAAAAGGAAUGCAAUGCAGAAGUUUUUGAGGAAUGAUGUUGCUGAUCUUUUGAAAACUGGGCUUGAAUCAAAUGCAUAUGGCAGGGUUGAGCAACUAUAUGCUGAUGUGAAUCUGUCAUCAUGUUAUGAAUUUAUUGAACAAUGGUGUUUGUUCAUUUUAAGUAAUCUUUCAGCCAUGAAUAAACAGAGGGAAUGCCCUGAUGAAUGUAAGGAAGCUAUAUCAACUUUGAUGUUUGCAGCUGCAAGAUUUGCUGACUUGCCAGAAUUGCGCGAACUCAGAGGUUUAUUCGUUGAUAGAUAUGGGAAUUGUCUUGACCCUUAUGUCAACCAAGAGUUUGUCAGGAACUUGAAGGCAGACCCUCCUUGUAAGGAAAUCAAGCUUCAAAUGAUCCAAGAGAUUGCAGUGGAUUAUAAAAUAAAGUGGGAUUCUAAGGCUUUGGAAGUUAAAUUGUACAAACCGCCUCCAUCUGUACAGGAUUGGUCUCCAUAUAGCAACGGAAGAAACAAUACAUCACCUAAAACCCACCAUCAAAAUGGUUUGGAAAGAAACAUUCAAGAAACAAAAUUGAAGAAUGGCACUGACUUCUUAAAGAAGGACCACAGGCUUGAAGAUAAGAAUGCAGUUGAAAAGAUAGAGGAAAAACAAGUGGUCCCGCCUAUUAGAAACAGUUUUCCAAAUAAACCAAGGGCUGAAGUUGAGAAGAAAGAGCACAGACACCCUGAACCGGCUGUUGGAAACAGUUUGCUUUACAAUUCAAGGGCUGCGGUUGCAACAAAAAAGGAAGAAAAACAUGAUCAUGGCCGCGUAUCUCCUUAUUGGUCGAGAAACACUAGCUAUAGCAGUGAGAGCACAACUAGUCCAGAAUACAGUACAGGACCGGAUGAUAGUGCUUUGGAGGAUGUAUCCGAAGGAAGAAAGGAUUAUGCAUUCAGAUCAAUGGCUUCUCCUAACAUUGAAACUGAGUCGGCCAAAAAGGCAACAAUCUCUACAAUUUCUGGUUCUGGCAGAGAAGAUCUUCAAAGUGAUAUACCCGAAGGAAGGAAAUACUAUGGCUUAAGGUCAAUGGGUCCUCCAUACAUUAAAACAGAUUUAAGCAAAAAGCCAUUGUGUUCAGCUGAAGAAAAGAUAUCUGGACUGGAGUUUAAAGAGAGAAAUAGCAUACGUGAAGAAGAGUCUGAAAGUAUUAGUAAACCAGUACCAAGAUCAGUGAGGAAUCGAAGACCAUUUAAUCCAGUUGCAGGUUCUUCUCAGGUAAACAGUGAAAUUCCAAAACCAGGUACCAGGCUUUUGAAGGGUGAAAAUCUUGAUCAUGAUCAUAUAGAUGAUGACCUAGAGAGAAAAAUGGAUAAAUUUUUGUCACACUGCAGCAAAAAACCCUCGCAAAUACCUGCUCCAACGCGUUCAGGUUCACUUCCCCUUGAACCUUUGAAUACCAGUGUGGCAGCAGAGGGGAGAAAGGGACUUUCAAGGGCGACAACUUAUCAAGCGGAUUCUGCUUUGAAAUCACAAGGUCAUGUGCAUCCUAAACUUCCUGAUUAUGAUGAAUUUGUAGCGCGAUUAGCAGCUCUUAGAGCGAAUUCAUAGAGUCAUGUUUCUUGUAGGCUUAUAUAUUACGGUACUAUUUUCUAGCUACGGUAGUAUUUUCUAGCAUUCUUCACCUGUAUCAGCUCCUUGCUGUUAUAUUUUACUAGAAUUGGUGUUUUUACCAAGUAUCAUUUUAGUUACUUGUUACCA